AUGCCUUCAACUUCAAAUGAAAUGGCAGGCUCAGGAUUUGGCUUUGCUCCAAUCUUAUUUCUAUCACUCCUAGUUGCAUGUGCUGCAAGGCCAAUCUAUCCUCUCCCUAGUAAAGUAAGCCAUAGUAAUAGACUGCCUCUACAGACUUCUCGACCAUUUAAUAUUGCUCAUCGAGGAUCAAAUGGAGAGAUUCCUGAAGAAACUUCUGCUGCAUACAUGAGAGCCAUUGAAGAGGGAGCUGACUUCAUAGAAACUGAUAUCCUGUCCUCCAAAGAUGGGGUUCUUAUAUGCUUCCAUGAUGUUACCCUUGAUGACACAACUGACGUUGCAGAUCAUAAGGAGUUUGCAAAUCGUAAAAGAACCUAUGAGGUUCAAGGGGUCAACGCCACUGGCUUCUUCACUGUUGAUUUCACUUUGAAAGAACUGAAGAAAUUACGCUUGAAGCAGAGGUUUAGUUUCCGGGAUCAACAAUAUAAUGGAAAAUUUCCUAUUAUCACUUUCGAAGAAUUCAUAUCAAUUGCACUGGAUGCAUCAAGAGUUGUUGGAAUAUAUCCGGAGAUUAAGAAUCCAAUUUUUAUCAACCAGCAUGUGAAAUGGCCUGGCGGUAAGCGAUUUGAGGACAAGUUUAUGGAGAUACUUAAGAAGUAUGGAUACAAGGGUUCAUAUAUGUCUGAAGAUUGGCUGAAACAGCCAGUGUUUAUCCAGUCUUUCGCUCCAACUUCACUUGUAUAUAUAUCAAAUCAGACAGACUCACCCAAAAUAUUCCUGAUUGAUGAUAUUACCAUGCCAACUCAAGACACUAAUCAGUCUUAUUGGGAAAUCACUUCUGAUGCUUAUCUAGACUACAUUAAGGACUACGUGGUGGGUAUUGGACCUUGGAAGGAUACAAUAGUUCCUGUAGGGAAAAAUUAUUUGCAGAUGCCUACAGAUCUUGUUGCCAGAGCACAUUCACAUGAUCUACAGGUGCACCCUUACACUUACCGGAAUGAGAACAAAUUCUUACACUUCAACUUCCACCAAGACCCAUAUGAGGAAUAUGAUUAUUGGUUAAACAAGAUAGGAGUUGAUGGACUCUUUACAGACUUCACAGGCAGCUUACAUAAUCUUCAGGAAUGGGCUUCUCCUCUCUCUAAGGAUGAUAGUGAUGAUAACAGCUCAAGCCAUUCUUAUUUUGACUUUUGUGUAUUCACCGCAAUUUUGUGGAAAACACCGUAUGAAAUGAUGAAGAUGCAUGAUUUGGUUGAUAAUGAGCUCAGAAUUGGUAAUGGACAAGAAAAGAUUGAAACAGUCUCAAAUUCAAUGGCCCAAACCCAAACACCCAAAAGCGUUAUUCAUUCCUUGGGUGAAGAAAUAAUCAGAAUCAUAACACCAGUCUCAAUCUGCAUGUUCAUGGUGGUGAUUCUGGUUUCAAUUCUCAAUACAGAAUCCUCCUCCUCAGGUUCAUCAUCAAUUAACACCAUGGCUACCAUAGCUUACAAUGAGACGACCUCUGACUCCUUUUGGGACAAAUUCAAAGGUGCCGUUUUGAACUCUCUUGUAUUUGUGGCUGUUAUCACUCUUGUUACUUUUGUUUUGGUGCUUCUCUUUUACCUCAGAUGCACUCGCUUCUUGAGACUCUACAUGGGUUUCUCUUCCUUUUUAGUUUUGGGAUUCAUGGGUGGUGAGAUUGCUUUGUUUUUUAUUAGUGAUUUUAAUGUUCCCAUUGAUUCUAUCACUUUUUGUGUUAUUUUGUUCAACUUUGCUUUUGUGGGUGUAUUGGCUGUGUUCAUGUCAAAAAUGGCUAUAUUUGUGACACAAGGGUAUUUGGUUGUUAUUGGCGUAUUAGUUGCUUAUUGGUUUACUCUUUUGCCCGAAUGGACUACUUGGGUACUAUUGGUUGCCAUGGCAUUGUAUGAUCUUGCUGCUGUUUUAUUGCCUGUGGGUCCAUUAAGAAUCUUGGUAGAGCUUGCAAUCUCUAGGGAUGAAGAUAUCCCUGCAUUAGUUUAUGAAGCUCGCCCUGUGACUCAUGGUUCUGGGUCAAGGAAUGGUGUGGUUCGAAGGAGUGUAUGGAGAGAAAGGAGCAGUAUUGGAAAUCGCUCUGAUGAGAAUUUGAAUUCUGGGAUUAAUUCUAAUCUCAAUUUGGAUUCUGAUUCUGUUGUCAAUUCAAACUUGACACAUGGCACAGUUAAUUCAAUUGGUAGUGGUCAUAAUGACAGAAUAUUGGUUAGAGCUGAACAAGAGCAAGUUUUGGAAAGGGAUGCUGAGCUUUCUGCACCGUUAAUUGAUCGGAGGACUAGUGUCCAAUUGCGUGGACAGGAAACUUCUGCAUCUAGUGAUAGUUUGCUGCUUGAAGGUAUUGGGUUGGGGUCAACUGGUGCCAUCAAGCUGGGCCUGGGAGACUUUAUCUUUUACAGCGUCUUAGUUGGAAGAGCAGCUAUCCGGUCUGGGAGUUACUCUGAUGCUAUUGGCGUUUUAUCAGAAAGCUUUGCCAGCUCUUCCAGUGUCAAUUGCACUAGUGAUAUGUUGAAGUUCGAUACUUCACCUCAGAAAUUAGCAUAUAAGCUUUGCACUGCUGCAUUUGAAGAGGGAAUAUGUGAAGUUCUUAAUGUUCUAUGCAUUUUAGAUACCUCAGAUGUUUUGCCAGCUCAAACUGACGACUACUUGUUCCUGUGGGUUUCAGCUCUUUGUGUAAAGUAUGAGAUAUUGUGCAAAGUAAAGAACCUUAGGAUUCAUCCAUCUUGCAGUGGUAGUUGA